CAAGUGGGAAAGAGUCAAGAGAUUGAGAGAAUAGAGGAAAACUUUUAAAUAUAUUUUAACAAUAACUUUUUAACAAGAAAUAUGACAAUUUGUGGACUUGCAAGCAUUGAAAUUGAUUGUGAUAAGAAAGAAAUAUCUGUGUUUUGUAAACAUGAACUACCAAACACGGGGUCUAAGAUCAUAGGGGCAGUUUCUGUGCUCUUUGUACAACAACCUGUUUCAGCUACGUUACGCAAAAAUGCUCAAAAUCCACAGCAAAGCUCUUUCCCAAAAGGAAAAUGCAAAGAUUUUCAUGGAGCAACAGAUCAUAUUAAUAAACUAAAUAUAUUAGAUCAAAGUCAGAAGUUAGAAGUGCCAUCCUCAUUGUCAGUUAUCAAUCUUCCAUUUGGAGAUUUGCUGGAAAAACAUUUUCCCCAAACUUUACUACAGAAUCCUGAGAAAAAUGUAGAACAGCAGAUGAAUUUUAGAAUGGAGUCCCAGCAGAAAAGUGACAGCAAAGAAAAUAAUCCAAAGGAAGAAACCAUCACUGCACAGAAAGUUGUAGUUGACCUGAGUGGAGAAACAAACCUUCCAGAAACUGUAAAAAGUAUCAGUCAAAGUGGUUCAGAGAACUCAGUGCAGAAACAUACAAAACUAAAACUUCCAAUAAGCUCUACACCCAUUCGUACAAGACCAUUCCACACCCAGAGACCCUUGAAAAUGCCGAGCAGUUCACAGCACAAUUCAAAAAUGAUUGCUUUGUCUCGUCCACCUGUUCAUCCUGAAAGAUUUCAAGCAAACAACCGUGAGACAAGUUUAACUCAUAAUGUGCCAAGGCCAACCCAUCAGAGAAACUCUAGGUCAAUCAUUCCAAAGCACAGAGGAUUUGAUUUGCAUUGCUUUGUGUGCCAUCAAGUUCUAGAAACUUACAGACAAGUUGGAGAACACUGUAAUUUACACAACCUCAAACAACAGUGCCCUGUAUGCAAAGCAAAAUUUUCUGCCACCUCAAAUAUGAAGAGACAUUGCCUUGGACAUUUCAGUCAUGCAUGUUUUACAUGUUCUUUCUGUAAGGCUACCUUCAGAAGAAAAGAUAAUCUUCGAACCCACAUGCUUCGUCAUCUGAAUAAGAACAACAAAAGUAAAUGCAUGGUAAAUACUGGAAAGAAAUCAAAUAACAGGGAGAAGUCAACCUCAUCUGCAAAGAGAGAUUAUGUAAAUGAAUUACAAGGUACACAGAUUGUUCAUGAAGGGGAUAGAGUAGAGAGCUGCGAGCAUGAAGAAAAUACUGAAGUUGUAAACUUGCCAGUCAAACAAGAAAAUAAAGAGGUGAGGGAGCUUGGUGAAAUGGAAAUAAUAGAAACAAAUGAAAAUCCUGAUGAAGUGACACAGGAUAAAAGUACAGCUUCCAAAAAUUCAAAUCAGCAUAUUGAAAAUGAAAAUCAGGGAAAGGAGAAAAGAAUAGUCAGCUAUGACUGCAGUUCAUGUGGGAUGAAAUUCUCUGAUAUACGUAGUGUAAGAAAACAUGUAAUUCGACACCAUGCUGAGCAGAUCGGUCAAGUUUCUCCUGUGAAUGAAAACAGCAGCAUGCACUUGUCCCAAGACCAGUCAGAGAGAUACCAAGCAUUAGAAGUAGAUCAGUGCACAACUGGUGAGCAUGCUUUGUCUAGAGACACUGAUAAUGCAAAGGACAAUAACCUGAUAAUGUCGGGCAACAAGAUUUCUUUCUCAAACCAAGAAUACACCCAAAGUGAUGUCAUUGACAUUGAAAAUUUAAGUCAGAUGUCAAAUGGUGACACAAGUUGCAGCUCAAAUUCUCUGGAGCAAGCCUCAUUCUCAGGAUCUAAACAUGAAAUCCCUUCAACUAGUACUCCCCAGUCUGGUCAUUCUAAAGGCAUGUUAGGGUCACCAACACUGAUGUGCAAUGUUUGUCAACAGUACCUCCUUACCGCAGAGGCUCUCAUGGAACAUCAGACUCUGCAUACUAAUGUGAUGGGAAGGGGACUUUGGUGUGUUGUUUGUGGCACACGAUUCAGCUCCAAGGACUGUUUACGUCGCCAUGUUAACAAUCACAUGGGCACUCGCUAUAAAUGUCCAUUGUGUUCAAGUGUUUAUAGCCGGAAAGACAAUUUGAAAAAACAUGUGAAAGAUGUUCAUCAUUAUCACUAUGACAAAAAUGGGAUUGUGAGACCAUUAAUGCAAUUUCAAGACUGAAGAAUUCUGUGUUCAGAAAUUUGAAUAACAACAGGCAAAUGCAACUUGUCCAAUCUUUACAUAGCAAUCAAAUACAUGAGAAGAGGAGGGGAGUAUCAAAUUAAAUAAAACAGUGAAUUUGACAGGAGUUCUUUUCAAUACCAUCAAUAAUUUGUAAAACUUAAUUCUGAUCUUUUUUUACUUUCAUAUUCAAUUUGAUAAUUUUUUUAAUAGACAUAAAAAAUGUCAUUCUUAAUAUUUUUGUUGAUAAAUAUUCAUUUUAGUUUUGCUGUACUGGGUGUAUAGUUUGAAUAUUAAACCUGAUCAUCAUCUUAAGGUAUGUCACUCGUGAAAUUUGUUAAAUCAAGGAUUUUUUGAGAAGUGUAUUUUGCAUAAGUGCUUAUAUUAGCCAUAUAGAGUGACUCAAAAUAGCAGAGAAAAUAGGGGGUCAGUGUUCAUCUUAC